UCUGCUGUUUCUUUUUCAUCAGACGUUAAUAAUUUUCAAUUUAAUUAGUAACAAGAGGAAAUGGAAUCAACGCCGGUGGCAAAAAUGAACUUUGGAAAAUCUCUGUUAGUUCCAAGUGUUCAAGAGCUUGCCAAACAGCACCUAACCAAUAUUCCGGCCAGGUAUGUCCGCCCAGAACAAGAAUCUCCGGUCACGUACGCCGGAGCAUUGGUCCCAGUUAUCGAUCUUCAAAAGUUGAUUUCAGGGGAUUCCAUGGAUUCUGAGCUGCAAAAGCUUCACUCGGCUUGUCAACAAUGGGGUUUCCUCCAGGUUAUAAACCAUGGAGUGACACCUUCGAUCCUGGAGGAUUUCAAGAGAGAGGUUAUUGAUUUGUUCAAACUUCCAAUGGAAGAAAAGAAGAAACUAUGGCAACAAGAAGAUAGCUUUGAAGGUUUUGGGAAUUCAUUUGUUGUAUCGGAGGAGCAGAAACUUGAUUGGAAUGACAUGUUUGGCAUAAUGACUCUUCCUCUUCGUAUCCGGAAAGUGGACUUGUUUCAGAAGUUGCCCUCGAAUCUCAGGGGCAUUAUAGAAGCAUACUCGAAUGAAAUCAAGAGCCUAGCAAUGAUCAUCGUAUGUCAAUUGGCAAAGGCUUUAAGGAUAGAUGAAAAUGAAAUGAGAGAGCUAUUUAGUGAUGGUAUGCAGUCAAUGAGGAUGAAUUAUUAUCCACCUUGCCCUGAGCCACACAAAACCAUUGGCUUUAGCCCUCAUUCUGAUGCUGAUGCCCUCACCAUCCUUUUCCAGCUCGAUGAAACUGAAGGUCUCCAAGUUCGAAAUGACGAUAUUUGGGUGCCUAUAAAUCCCCUCCCAAAUGCUUUGAUUGUCAAUAUUGGCGAUAUGAUGGAGAUAAUGAGCAAUGGUGUUUAUAAGAGCAUUGAGCACAGAGCAAUUGUAAACUCAAACAAAGAGAGACUCUCAGUUGCAACAUUCUCUACCUUCAACCUUGAUUCCGAAUUAGGACCUGCACAUAGCCUCAUUGGACCAAAUAAUCCUCCUAUUUUCCGAAGAGUUGUCGUGCAAAAAUAUUUACAGGAUUUUUUUGCACGAAAACUUGACGGAAAAUCUUACCUUGAUGUCAUGAAGGUAGAGGCGAGGAAUGGAGAAUCCUAGGUAGCAU